CGCUAACGUUACUAUAUUAAGAACACGAUUGUCAUGAAGAGCACGCGAUCUCCGCGGCGUGGUGUGCCGAAACCACGCGUCCUGCGCAGUCGUGACGGCCCUCGGCCCCAUACCUCAUCUAACCCAGACCCACAAUCGUCCGUCUUACCGGCGCUUCCCCACUCGCAGGCAGUUCCGCCAUUACCGCUCUCGACCGCUUUGGCCCAAAUGCCAUUGCCCCACACCGCACCGACCCCUUCUUCCCGCCACCAUCCCAAGCUGUCGGAGCGUCUUGUGCCUUGCUUGCGGCGCGCUUUCUCCAAACUGGACGGGGACGCCAAUCCUUUCUUGACGAAAGCAGACAUGUUGGAGCACAACCAAGUGCUCGCUGAAGCCCACGAUGCCGUGGAGCUGUCGUCGAGUGACAUUGACAUGCUCUUCCUCGUGUUUGACUCUUCGCGGCAAGGCACCAUCGACCGUCAUGUGGUGGUGCGACACCUAGACAAGAUGGAAACCGACCGCGAGUUCCACACCAAGGGCACAGCGCGACCAUGUCAUACUUCGCGCAAGCAAUGUGGAGCAGCAUACUCCAACAUGGGCAUGGCCGACCAGCAUCAAGUCCUCGGGCUCUCGGCGCCGCGACAGCAACCUGCCGUCAUUUAUAGCGAGCCACGGUUCACGCCGCAGGUGCCAUGCAAGCAAAGCCCCCGGUCGCUAGCCUGGUAGAACUAGUUGGAUUAGUUGGUUUUCAAAAAGAGAGUUGGUAGGGGGGCUAAAGUCAAGCGACUUUGGCGAUAAUUUAUUUAGUACUUUUAGUUUACGACGGUGGAUUUUCUACACACUAACUUAUUUGGUCUACUCACAAUACGCUCAUGCUGCGGCCCCUGCACUUGUCUGCAGCUUCCCACAACGCGUCGAUGGCAUCGUCGACCUCGAUCAAGAAGCCAGGCGACGACAUGUCCUGCACAGACUCCUUCACGCCUGCCACCAGCAUUUCCAGCUUGGACGGCAGGUUGCCGCACCCUUCCCGUUCCAUCACGGCCCCCACGUCGUACAACGUAAAGCCGUUCUCGACCCCUUUCUGCAGCAACUUGGUGCAGAUUUGCAUGGUCAGGACAGACGUUUCGGGCAGCCCAAUGGCGCGCAACGUUGCGGCAUCUUGGUCGAUGUCCAACGAGGCGACAUGCGCGGCGGCCUCAGGGCUCAGGGGGAACUUGGCUUGCGGCCAGUGCAGCCAUUCAAACGUGGCGGCGUCCAAGUGCUCCACCGAGGGCAGGCAUAGACCGUGAUCGAUGGGGACCAUGGCGUAUGCCGACGACAGAGGCGACGACGGCGUCUGCAGCAGGAUGUUGCCAGCAUGGCGAUCUGUGUUGAAGAGGCGGAGGUCCAAGAUGGCAAUCUUAUGCACAUCCACCACCCCAAAGCGCAAAGUCCCGAUGUCUUCGGCUGAGCUUUCGGAAGUGACAUAUGCCUGCACCGACCCGUCCUUCCACGUGCCUCCAACCGGCAACGAUACGAAAUGGGUUGCUGGCACUCCGCUGAAAUGAUCGUAGGCGGCGUCCAAGAGGUACGCGGCGACUUCGCGCGCGGCGCCGUCGCCUACGAGGAAGCCUUUCUUCACAGGAUGCGCCGUUUCUCCAAUGACGGCGCCAGGGCAACGAUACCCGCGAGGGUUCUGCGGGGCCAUGUACUCUUCGUCCAUGGGUUUGAAGACAGCGAGAGGUGCGCGGCUUGUGGAGGGAUAUACGAUGUAAACGCCGCCGCAACCGUCUGCAGUCAACUCGAGGGAUGCAUUCUGCUGCACCACGGCGGUGGUGACAAGCGCGCGGAGUGCUGUCGCGGGGUUGACAGGUACCACCGUGGACUCGCAAGGGGUGAGAGGGGUGGAAGUCGCGACGAGGUCGACAGGUGAAGGCGAACAAGUCGUUCCCUUCAACCAGACGGCAAAGUUGGGUUGCUUCAGAAGCAGUUUGGGCAAGAGUUGGAGGGCGAGGGAGGUCUUCUUCGCUUGGAAAGCAGCGACCAAGGCGGCGCUGCGGCGCUUCCCUCCCUUGUACGAGAUGAGCCAUGCGGUCGUGGCGGAGGAAGUGGAUGUAGUCGACUUGUUCAAGGCGGAGACGUAGGCAGCACACAUCGACAUUGUUCCGCGUCGAGCGCUGUGCUUGCACUUCGUCAAUGCAAAAGUGAACCCAUCCGUUGUUCUCCUAGCAGUUGGCCGAAACACUGAACUUCAAG